CUGAAGAUCUCAAACUCCACGCGCAUCACACCUCCAAACUUCACUGUUUCACCAUGUCACCCGGAGAGGUGAAUGGGGGAUGUAUCUCAUUCUGUUCAGAGAAGGAAAGCACUCCUGAGCUGACAGCAGAAGAAGGAACUUUGCUGCGCUGUGGACAGACCCUGCCAGUUCAGCCUGGAGCCCAGUACCACCACAGCAGCCACUGUGAACCGCCCACACAGAACCUUCACCUGCAGGAAAGCCCCCAUCGAGACGCCAGGUCUGCUGGCUUUCAGACGGCUCUCAGCUCGUCAUCUCUGUCUGGUGGCGUCAAUGGUUGUCAUGGGUUGCCGUCGUACCCCAUCAAACAGGAAGGCUACAAGCUGGGAUCAGCCCUGGGUGACUUUUCAGGAGGGAUGGGAGCAGGUCACAGGGAAUUGGACCGUCCGAGCAUUGGCGGCGGCGGUGGAGGCGGCGAAGGUAACUUAGCAACAGUUCUCUCGUUGUCAGCAAUGGCGGUGACUGUGUAUCCAUUUAAUAAUGAAGAUGGCUCCUCCCUGCUGGCUUUGUCCCCGAGCUCGCGUCACUCAGCAAGGCCGAACGCGAGCGGACUGAAGAGACGCUGCCUCUCAGUGGCCUCCCAGUCAGCCUCGGAGGGAAUCGAUAUUGCCGCAAACAUCUGCUCCUCCCAGAUGUCCUGCGUUAACGGCCUGCGCACCAAUUCGUCGUCGCCUACUGCCGCCACGUUCUCCCACAAGCCUCUCCCCAGCCCUCAGCUGCCAUCACCUUCCACUUCGUCCUGCCUCCUACCUCUCUCCUCUUCAUCCUCGUCCUCCUCGGUGUCAUCUGUGGAGCAUUGUGAGGACGCGGGCUCCAUGCAGCCGGGACCCGGCAUGGGUAGUAGCGACGGACUUGGACUUCUCAUACAGCCCGGCGCUGUGCUGGACGGCUGUACGGCGACGCUGAAACAGGAACCAGUGGAUGAGUUCUCUCCAAGUGAGGAGGAGCUCUUUCAGCAUCACUAUCACUAUCUGACGAGCCACGGAAGCCACUGCGGUGGGCAUUCCCACCAUCACCACCACCAUCAAACAGGCCCCCCACGGCCGCCCAUGCCCCCUCCCUACCACCUGCACCAGUACAUGGGCUCCGGCCCAGGUGCUCUACUGCAUCUUCAGAGCCAGCAGCAGUCUCCACCCUCAGGCCUGCUGGCACAACCCAAACCCACAGGCCUGGUCGAACAGCAGGUGGGCGACAGGGAGGACGUAUUUAGCGAUAAGCAGGUAUGCCGAUGGAUUGACUGCAGCGCGGCGUAUGAGCAGCAGGAGGAGCUGGUUAGGCAUAUCGAGAAGGUCCACAUCGACCAGCGCAAGGGUGAGGACUUCACCUGCUUUUGGGCCGGAUGUGUCCGGCGCUACAAACCCUUCAACGCCCGCUACAAGUUGCUCAUCCACAUGAGGGUUCACUCUGGAGAGAAACCUAACAAAUGCAUGUUUGAAGGGUGUAACAAAGCUUUCUCACGGCUGGAGAAUCUGAAGAUUCACCUGCGGAGUCACACAGGAGAGAAGCCGUACCUGUGCCAGCAUCCGGGCUGUCAGAAAGCAUUCAGCAACUCCAGCGACAGGGCAAAGCACCAGCGCACACAUCUGGACACUAAACCAUAUGCGUGUCAGAUCCCAGGCUGCACUAAACGCUACACAGACCCCAGUUCCCUCCGUAAGCAUGUGAAGAUCCACUCCGCCAAAGAGCAGCAGGUGCGUAGGAAGUUAAGGGCCUGCCCCCAUUUAGAAUCAGAAGCUCUGAGCGAAUGUCUGUCAAUCCAGCAUCUUCAUGGCCCCGCCCCUUCCCAGCAUCCCCACUGUCCUGCCACCUCCCAGCACUGUCUGAACGGGAAAGAAGGCCGUUCCCCAGUACUCGGGCAGGAGAUAUUCACAGGCCUGUAUGCCGGCUCCAGCACGACACACAAUGGAGCCCCACUUGAGUUGCUCUCUUCUGGACCUGACCUGACCCCCAGGCAGCCCCACCUGGACCGCGACAUUGGCAGCCCCCACCAUCUCUCCCCGCUGUCUGGCCUCGAGAACACCCGGGAAGGGUUAUCCGGAGCUCUGCUGUCUCCAGGGAUCAGUCUGCUUAAGGCCACCACGUCUCCUCCACCAACACUAGAGAAGCAACAGAACUCCUCCUCCAGCCAGCAACACCUCCACACUCACCAGAAACCCUACACCGCCUUCCACAACCUGCCUUCAAGUGAGGAUUACCGUGGCAAUUUUCAGAGCUGUUUCCAUUUUGGCGACGGCUACAGAAUGGACCAGUCCAUCAGCGGCGGCCAUCAACCUGCAGAGUCCCACAGCUUCAACACAAACCAACACAACGGCUUCCACAUGAGCUGUUCCACCAGCACCUCUUCCACAGUGUUUUUCAAAUCUGCAAAAAUUGGGCUGUACCCUCAAAGAGACAACCUUGUCUUCCCUUCAUGGGUGCACAUUAGUAGCAUAAUUAAUACCUCAAGGUUUCAGCUUGGUGCCGGACAUCAUAGGAUCAGGUUGCCAGUUCUCACCGGGCACAGAGGAGAGUGUUUUCUUUCAGGUGGGCGGCUUCGAUCGCGGCUUGAGCCAAAUGUCGUCAGUGUACACAGAAACAUAGGACCAGCUUGCCUUGUUGGCCAUCAACACAAUUGUCUUCUUUCAGACCAAAACUCUCUUUUCUUUUAUCUAUGCAGUUUCAACCUAUCAAGAGUUUAGAUUUUUUUUUCCCUCAGAAUUUGUCUUUUGUUCCCUGAAAUGCAUAGUUGGAUCACCUCAAUUGGACUGAAAUAUCUGCUUCCUUGACUACGCGAAAAGCUGCUAUUCCACAGCAACGAAGGUUAAAUGAUGAGGGGUUUGUGUUGUGGCGUGUUUAUUUGUGGAUGUUAUGAAAUUGUGCUUUUUUUCCACAGUGUUUUGAAAGAUAUGUUCAAAAUCUCAUGAGAUACUCCCUUGUCGUCAUCAAGGCAUCACUAGUCUUAAUAAAUCCAGCUGGUCAGCUCAGAUCCUAUUGUGACUUUGUAACGGUUUGAUAGAAACUUCAGAACCACCACAGCUCAUCAGUGAUGAGUUCCACAUUUCCCUCUCAGAGCUCUUUUUCGGAUUUGUUGGCUGUUGUGUUGGAAACAAUUAUUUAGUGUUGCUGUGUUUUGUCAGUGAAUGUUUGCAAAUGUUUGUAUUGCUUUGUCAUUUGGUUGUCAUCAUCCCAGAUAAACAGAGUUCUUUAUUUUGUAAUGGUUGAUGGCUUUAAUAUCUACCACACUUCAACGUAUGUAUAAAAUGUACAGUUUAAUAUUAAUAAUUGUCAAUCUCUGAAUCUCUGAAAAUAAAUGACUCUUGAAUAUUGCGGUCUAAUGCUCAUCAUUGUAUAUUUUAGAGCUGUGGUAAUUAUGUUGACUGUUUAACUAAAUAAAUAUGGUGUUACUCAGACUCAAAUAUCAUUAAAUUCAGUUUAAACACUAUGAAAUAUACUGGAGAAUCAAAUUGCAAGAUAUUUUGCAAAUGAUUUGCAUAUGUUCCCUUUACUUUUAAAAGUUUAUUGGAACUAGUCCC